AUGCCGAGCAUGCAUGGUGCAAAUACUCACCCCAACCCCAGGCUGCUGCCACCAGUGUCUCCGCCGCCGUUCCAACCGUCGGUGAGAAAAAGCUCGCAAAAAUCCUCGCAAACCUCGGCAUUUGCGCGAGCACUGAAGCAUCUCCAAGUGGUUAGCACGAAUUCUCUGAAUCCGCAGCGUGGACCUUUCGAAUUCGUCCCGCCCAAUUGUGGGCGCAUGCAGGCGCAGGCUUUAAGGUCGGAUCUUGAAGUGCCAGUGUCGACCUUACCUACCUUAUCCAUCCGACAUCGCCCGAUUCAGAGUCCCCGACGGUUCUGGCGCUCUGGGUUGGUGAAGCAGAAAUCGCGCCCAAAACAGGACGGAAACGCCGCGCCGAGAAGCUAUUGGCCCCCGAACAAUUCUCAGCCGGCGUUGGAGGGACCGGUCAUCGAUAGUAAAGACGGAAACGAGCUCUCAUGCAAGCCCGUUGGUGCAAGACCCCGUCGAUCUAAGAGCCCGUCGAUGCUGAGCGAAUGCUGGAUUGGGGAGGGAAAUGUUGAGCGACAGAGCGAGUAUGGUGUAUAUAAGAGAGGGUGGGAAGGGGGGAAGGGAGGAGGGAGGGUGGUCCAGAUCGAUAGUCCUCUUGUGAGCCAUACUUCUGGCUUUCCUCCGCGUCCCGCGCGCGACUGCGUCUGGAAGGUCAGCUACAUGAUCCAGGCGGUAGCCUGCCCCCAGAAUAGAAUUUCCACCCUCGAGACUCCCAGGAAGCUUAUUGUCAGCACUGCUAUGGGGGUUCUUUCGCUUGGCGGGGGGAUCGUCCGCAAGGCUGAUGUACCGGUCAUCAGGAACAUGCGCAGGAGGAUCUUAGAUCCCCUGUUCGCUGCUCCGGACGCAGCUUAUGCGUCAACCCAGGACUCAGUCCAGAAAUCCAGUGGCCGCAUCCUCGCACACUCCCACUGGGUCCUGGCACAGAGGGUUUCCCCCACCCACUACACCAUCCACACCCUUCUACCCAACACGGGCACGCUCUCCCCCCGCACCGUCUCCGUUGACGAGGUCACACAGUCCGUGCAUCCCAGCUCGGGCUGCGUUGUGGCGUACAUCCCCGCCUCCGACGCCUUGGCGCUAGAGCAUGCUCUUCAAUCACUCACCUACCCCACACCCCCUUCAACACCCCCUCUCCCUUCCAGCCUGCACGACGACGACGACGACGAAGACUGUCCAUGCCACGCCCGUUGGCCAGACACUCUUCGUUCUUUACGUGACAUGACCCAUAACGACGACAUUCACUUUAUAAUCCGAGACGAAGAGGAGAUGCGUAAUGAGAUGGAGAAACGACAUGAGGAAUGGUCCUCAAGCACACGUUCUUUAUCGUUUAUUGAUUGGUUGGCUUCGGCCUGA